AUGGCCGUCUCCGGCUCAAACGAUCGCCACAGCGCGAUGAACUCUCCGCCACCGGAGGCAUGCGGCGCCUUCCUCCGCGUCGUAUCCAUCAACGACGUGUACAAACUCGACAACUACCCUCGCGUCGCAACGGCAGUGGCCGCUGCAAGGGCCUCCGUCGCGGUGCGCGGCGGUGUCGCCCUGGCCUGCCUGAAUGGCGACUUUCUGUCGCCGUGCACCGUGACCGCGCUAGACGGCGGCAAGGCGAUGGCUGACGCGCUAAAUUACGCUCUUAUUGACUACGCAUGCUUGGGUAACAAGGAGUUUGACCUUCCUCUCCCCAGCCUCGUGCGGAGCCUGGCUCGCUUCACGCAUGGGAAGGUGCUCAACCAGGAGCUAGCCGCGCUGCCACGAUUCGACUGCGUCAGAGUCGGCGAGCGCACCGCCGUGCUCGCCGUCCUGUUGACGCCCGACCGUACAAAGUACCGUCCCACGGGAUAUCCCCACGCAAUGCCGAUGGCCGAGGCGUGCAACGUGGUGUGGAGGGAGGCCAAGGCGGCACUCGGCGCGAGCGGCGACCUUUUCCUGCCCAUGACCCACCAGCCAAUCAAGGAUGACUGCGCGCUCGCUGCUUGCCUCGCCGAGCACCCAGAGUUGGGCGUGCGCACACCCAUUCUGCUGGGCGGGCACGACCACGAGGUGGAUGUGCGCGAGGCGGGUGGCGCGCUCAUCGUCAAGGCCGGCUGCGACGCGGCGAGCAUCGCCGUCGUGGACGUCUACUGGACCGCCUCGGGCGAGCAGAAGAGAGCGUGCAAGGUGAUCGCGGCCAAGGAAUUUGCGGAGGAGGCAUCGGCGGCCACGUUUGUGCGCAGGUGGCAGGCAUUCGUGCAGGAGAGCAUGGAGGUGCCCCUCGCGCCGCUGCGAGCCCCCCUCUCGUCCAAGCGCGUCCGAUUCGAGAGCGCAGGCCAGGUUGGCUCCUUUCUCUGCGACCUUCUCAAGGCGGCGCUGCGCUCGGAGGGCAGUCAGGUGCAGCUCGUGAUCCUGCACGCUGCAGCCCUCAUGGGCCGCGCCGACUACGCCGCUGGCCAAUUCACACUCGCCAACCUCUACGCGGAGCUCGCGAUCGAUACGCCACUGGUGGUCACCAAAGUGAGCGGCGAUGCGCUGCGGCGGGCCGUCUCGCAGACACGGCUCGAACAGAGGGCGUCGCAGCGGCCGUCGCGCAACCUCCUCCACCACGACUCAUCCGCAUGUUUCGCGGACGACACGGGCGGGCCCGGAAGCAUCGAUAGAGCUCCGCUCCUCCCAGACGCGACCUACUCGCUUGCACUGCCGCGCUUGCUUCUCGACACGGGCCUGCUCACGCUGCCAGCCGGCACCGAAGGGCGCAUCCCCCCGCUCCUCUCUUUUUUUGCGGCCGCAAGGCUGCCUCUACCCGAGGAGGAGGCCUGCAUGCUCGCAAAGCAACUGGUUGUGCGGCUGUGCAUGCGGCGCGCCUGGCUGGCUCUGCUGCGCUCUUGCUCUCGCAGCCUCAAUGACGGCAUCUGGGACGACGAUGGCGACGGCCACCUCUCGCGCCAAGAAGUGGAGAGGGGGCUUGGGCGUGCAGUCGCGCAUAUCGACACCGAUGCCAAUGGCUUUUUGGAGCUCGAGGAACUCCUGGCAGCGUUAGGGGACACAGCGAGCAAGGGGCUGGCGCGACUCAUGAUUCAGACCCUUGACCGCAAUCGCGACGGUCGCGUGUCGCUGGAGGAGUUGCUGUCACUCGCCGAUGUCUUCGUCAGAUUUGAGGGGUUUGUGUCCUAA